GGACGGCAAUGGCGGCGGCCCGGUGCUGGAGGCUGGCGCCCUGCGGGCCGUCGCUGCACACCGCGGCCGAGGCGGCCCCCGCGGCCACGAAGCAGUUUGAGGGAAGCAUGGGCACUCCCACUGCUCCUGUUGCGCGCCCACGAGACAUACCCUUGCGGCCGGAUUAUAAACGCCCAGUUCAUUUUUACUGGCUGCGUGGUGAAGAAGUUGUUCCUCGUGGUUAUAGAAAGGGCCGGAUUGAUCCCGUUCGAUACCAAAUAGACGAUAAACCAAACAACCAGAUUCGAAUCCCCAAGCAACUCCCAGAGUUCGUGCCAUUGGAUUAUUCGGUACCUAUCGAGAUCCCCGUUAUGAAGUGUUCGCCGGACAAGCUUCCCCUGUUCAAACGGCAGUAUGAAAACAACAUAUUUGUUGGCUCGCGAACAGCGGACCCGUGCUGUUACGGUCACACGCAGUUUCAUCUGUUACCCGACAAGUUGAAAAGGGAGAAGCUUUUGAAACAAAACCGCGCUGACCAGAUAGAAGUUGUGUUUAGAGCUAACGCUAUUGCAAGCCUUUUUGCGUGGACUGGAGCACAAGCUAUGUAUCAAGGGUUCUGGAGUGAAGCAGAUGUUCCUCGGCCUUUUGUCUCACAGGGUGUGAUCACAGAUGGAAAAUAUUUUUCCUUUUUCUGCUACCAGUUAAAUACUUUGGCACUGACCGCACAAGCUGAUGAAAAUAACCCUCGUAAAAAUCUGUGUUGGGGGACGCAAAGCGAGCCCCUUUAUGAGACGAUUGAGGGUGAUGACGUGAAAGGCUUUAAUGAUGACGUCCUGCUUCAGAUAGUUCACUUUCUCCUCAACCAGCCGGAGGAAGGCGAGCCACGGGUGUCGGGAGAUGAAGGGGACGUUUCAUUGGGGACUCUUGAGUGUAUUUAAAUUUCACGAAAGGAACAAUAAAAAGAACUUUCAUAACGCUGUGUGUACCUGAGGUACUGCAUGCAUGCCGCACUGAGCACGUUUCUCGUGCUGACCUGUCCUCCACAGUGGCGUGCAGCAGAGGGGUCGCUGAGUCUGUGUCUGGUUUUCUCUGAGCGCAGGGGACUGCCUGCUCCUCAGUGUGACAGUCUCAGGAAAAGUAGCCGUGCUGUGGAGCUGCCGGUGGCUUGAUGACAGCACCAGGAACUCAGCAGGGGCGGGCGGAACCUUCCGGAAGUGGGGCGGUCACUGCCCGGAAUCCCUUCAUCUCAGCAGUUGUUGCAGGCUCUCCCCGGCCGGGGUGCACAGUAACUUGUGAUCCGCUAAGCCUGAAAGAGUUAAGUGUAGUGAUAGCACCGUGAUUAAAAGUGGUUUUGUUUACAUAUUGCUGAUAGGACUAGUUGUGUUUUUUAACUACUUUAUAAUGUGUAAUUUUAAACAUAGGCAAUCAUUCAGGUAUUUGAGAAUGUGUAGAUAUCUUUUUAUCUACAUUUGGUAACAGUGAAUGAAUGAAUGGUAACACUGUCAGAGCCCUACUCAAACCUCUUUAAGCACGAGCAGUAUUUUGCAUAAACAGUAAACCAAGGCUUUGAUAAAAUUCUCAGUCUUGAUUUA